AACAAUAUUGAUGGAUGCGACUAUGCGCACAACUGUCCUUUGACGCAAGGACCCCUUACCCUGGAACUCCCAUUGGAUCUCACUCAGUAUUCUGCUAUCAUCAACAUUUUGGCUUCAUAUAGGCCAUACGAGUUUGAAAUUCGAAUGUUUAACUGGAACAAGGGGAACACCAAACAUGAAGAAAUUGUUUGCGUUAUGGCACAAGUGGAGCUGAUCUAG